AUGAUUUCUGCCCUCAACCCAACGCUUGCGCGGCAUGCGAAGCAAGCUUUUGAUUCAACGCAGGGAGCUACUGGGGAUUUCGAAGCCUUUCUGAACAAACUUUGUGAUCCGCAAUCAUCAGCAGCGCUGACUUUCCAACUGGAUACGAGCCAUCCGCUCUCGCAUUACUACAUUUCAAGCAGCCAUAACACCUAUCUCACAGGCGGCCAAUUGUGGGGCAAAGCUAGCACCGACGCGUACAAGGAUGUGCUCCAGCGAGGAUGUCGUUGUAUAGAAAUUGAUAUCUGGGACGGGAAUACACCGGACUCCUCAGAUGCUGAGAGUAUGAACAGUGAUGAGGAGAAGAAAGCAAAUGGCCUUCGAGGCUUUGUUUCUCGGGGUCUCAACCAGCUCCGAUCACAAGCACAGCCAGGCAAAGAAACUCAAGACAACAGCAAGCCAUACAACAACAGCGAAACUACGAUGCCUACACCAUGGAGAGUAGCGUCGCGCCAAGGGGAGCCGCAAGUGCUGCAUGGCCAUACUGCAACCAAGGAGGUCUCGUUUAGGAGUGUCUGUGAAAUCAUUCGCAACAAUGCUUUCCACACAACGUCGCUUCCGUUAAUUGUCAGUUUGGAAGUACACUGCAGACCAGCACAGCAGGAGAUGAUGGUGGAGAUCAUGCAUGAUUACUGGAAGGAUUUUCUCGUACCACCUAUUACAGAAACAUCAGACAUUGCGGCAUUGCCGACGCUGGAAAGCUUGCGCAACAAAAUCCUCAUAAAGGUCAAGUUCACGCCUCCAGAAAAGGUGGCUGCAGGGAGCCAAGCUCCCGAAGCCGUUGGCGAACUGCCCUCGUCCGACGAUGAAGUCCCACCCGGAGCGGUGACGAAGAGCAAAAUCAUUGAGGCACUCAGCAAGAUGGGCAUAUUUACUCGUGGUUACCAUUUCAAGAGUUUUGAACAGGCUGAGGCAAAGCUGCCCAACCACAUUUUCGCAAUUUCCGAAGCUAAGUUGCUUGCACUUCGAGAAAAGGAAUCUGAAGCGCUUCUCAACCACAACCGACAUCAUUUCAUGAGGGUGUAUCCGAAGGCGACCAGGGUCAUGUCUUCUAACCUGGAUCCUGCACCGUUCUGGCGGGUCGGUGUGCAAUUAGUUGCUCUCAACUGGCAGAAAGUCAAUGCUGCGGUCAUGCUUAAUGAAGCACAAUUCGAAGGAACUGGUGGCUGGGUGCUGAAGCCUAUCGGACUACGUCCCGCUGGACGCAACAAUGUCACGACGCACCGGAUGACGCUUGAUUUAUGCAUUCGCAUCCUGGCUGGACAGAAUCUUGGCGCCAGCGACGACGUACCGAAGGUUUACGUUAAAGCUGAGCUACAUGUGGAGAGCAAGGCCGAAAUUGAGCAGCAGCAGAUCCCGAGGGAAGGGAAAAACAAGGGCGGAGAAUGGAAAUUUCAAUCCACAACACACCACUCACGCGAUCCCGAUUUCGCGGGCCAGGUUAUAGCAUUUAAAGGGAUCCGGCAUGUAUUGCCAGAAUUGAGCUGGCUGAGAAUCAAAGUGAUGGACGAAUCAUCGUACCAAAAAGAUCGACUGCUUGGCUGGGUCUGCUAUCGCCUGGAUCGGCUACCGCAAGGAUUACAAUUGCUUCGACUCCGAGGCAAUGACAUGAAGCGGUCCGGCGGCAUGCUCCUGGUGGAGUUCAAGGCAGGUGUCACCGCUUAA